AUGGAUCCCUGGUUGUUGGAGGCGAACGACAUCCACAACAAUGGGAUAGCGGGAUUGGGCGCCAACCCGACAGUGGUGCACUGCGAGAUCCACCACGGGCAGACGGGUGGCAUCUACGUGCACGAGAACGGGCUCGGCCAGUUCAUCGACAACCGCAUCCAUUCCACAGCAACCCCCCGCAACGAGAUCUACAACGGCCAUCAGGGUGGCGUCUACAUCUUUGGCGAAGGCCGCGGCUUGAUCGAGCAUAACAAUAUCUAUGUGACUCAAUGUGGAUUGUGAAGACACAGAAGGGGACGCAUUUGGAUCUUGAAUCAUGAAUGUUGAAUCUUGAUGCUCACAGAAAAGGAAGUCAACCAGACAGGCUCUGGAAAUUGAUGAAAUGGAACAAUUAUUUGGAC